AUGGCAAGUGCUGAAGAGCAAAAUGAUGUGCGAAAGGUUCAAUUCCAGUUAAACAAAGCUUUGGAAUGUCAAGAAGAGAACAAAGAAGUUCUUCGAGUCAAAAUGUUCAAUGAUCAAAAAAAUCUGAAUUCUUUAAAUGAAAGCAAGAAAGAGAAACUGAUUGAAGAACAGUUGAAUAAAGAACUUCCAAAACAGUCGGAGCUUGAACAACAAAAAGGUAACAAUUACUUUAAAUUAUAACUUUUUAUGCUAAAAAUUGCACCAUUCUCAAUUCUCUUUGGCUUGUAUUUUUUUACGCGAAUUCAAAUAACCUUUCCGUUGCUGUAUAACUAUCGCCUCGCUAGCGCUAGUCGCGCGCGCUCACCUUCGACAUAAUUAUAUUGUCUAUAUAUGAUGUGAACAGAGGUUUAAACUGAACAGAAUUCAAAACCAUUCAACUGUAGAUGAUACAGCCUCGACAUUUAUCUGUUCGAAAGUUGGAAAAAGAAACAUAAAUGAAAUUCCUGUUGGAAACAAUCGUACAUCACCAAGACAACAAGAUGCGGAAAGUUCAGUGAAGGACAACAUUGAAUCUCCAGAUACUCCAAGUCUGCAGACAUCUGAUGAAUCUUCCAGUAUUUCAACGUUAGAAGCAAAGGCUGAGGGAACUCCAAUGUUUCACGCAGCGACAUUCGGGCAAAAAUCUGUGACAAAAUAUGUUGAUAACAAGCUUGGAGCAGUGGUACUUGAGGGAGACGACAUAAAACUUUCUUACAACUUUCCUUGUGGUGGCAAAGAAAACUCUUCUCUUUAUGGAGAAGAUUUGAGCAGCAAUGAUAUUCUUUAUGGAGAAGAGUUGAGCAGCAAUGACGUUCACGAAGUCCCGAUGUGGACUAUUCCUGAGUUUAUCAUUGCACUUUGCGGUGAUAAUCAACUACCAAUCCAGGAACGACCACAAACUGAAUUCUAUACUGUUGACAGUGAUGUGGAAGUGGCUGGUGAGAGAGAAUCUGCAGAUGUUGAAUCCUGGAACGAUGGCUGUCUUAUUCCAUCGUGUGAACAUACCUGUUCCAAUUUGCAAAACAUUGACAAUGUCAGCAUACCCGGAACUGAGGUGAACUCCACCCAGGUGUCGAGUGCCGGGUCUCCACUUUGGUGCGAGGGCCCUCGCUUUGGGUAUGAAGACAUUGAAAGUGUUUUGCCGUUGGAGCAGGUGUUUACUGACAGUCCUCCACCAGCGGCGAGCGUGGAGAAAGUUACUCGGGAUUCCAUUGAUGCAGAAAUAGAGAAGAAUAAUGUUGGUUAUGAGGUAAGUAUAGAUAGAUCUGCAGAUUUAUACGAUGAAACCCUUAACUAUAAACAAAUGUAGAAUAAAAAUACUACCAACUACCAACAAUAUGUCACUGAACGUUUUAUCUAAGGCGAUGUUCCCCCUCAAAAUUUUCAACGAGGCUUUGUGAUGUUAAACGAAAUUUGAUUGGUUCGGCAAAGCUCUGUGUUACGAAUCUUCAUUGAAAAUUUCCCGUGAAACAUUGCCUUAACUUAAAGCAUUUUGUUGCCGACUACCGCAGUAUAAUCUAACUGUCGGCAAAAUGUCCUCACAAGAACACUCAGCAAACAACAAAGGAAUAAUCUCAUAGAUGUUGCAUUUUUAACAGCGAUAUGAUUAUUUCUCACAGAGUAAAUCGACGAAUACUGCAAAGACACAAGUAGUAAUCACAACGCGAGAACAGGAUAAGGCUGAAACCCCUCCACAUGUUUACGCCAAAGUAAUGAUUUUGAACGAAAAGAAAGAUGACGACCCUUAUAAACCCAAAAGACAUGUUGAAGUAUUUAACCAUGUUGUGAAAAAGUCUGCCACCUCAGGAAGGCCUCCACAAUGUCAAAUUUGUGACCAUGAUGAUCAUUUUGGUAAGUUCGUGUUAGUUUACUCUGAACUCACCGCCGCAAAGUCUGUAUAACACCAUAGAAAUGUAUUGAAAUAAAGCCAUGCUACACGGGCAAAUUUUUCUGUAUCUGACAUCGAAAUGUCAGACAAACAGUACAGCCACGUUACAAUAUGUAGAACAUUUCUCACAGCAAAACAUUCAGCAUACCCUACGUUUUAUUUUGCUGAUAUUUUUCGUUCUCAGUAACUUCUUUCAUGAUUCUAAGGUGUGCUAGUAAGAACAACGUCGCCAGAGCAAAACUAGGGCCAUGCUCUCUGCUUCAAAUACUUUUCAAAUGACAUGGCACAUUCGUUGCAUGUUGCAGGCUCGUGUAGCAUGGCCUAGUUAAGCGAAAACUGUAAUAUCCCAACGACGAACCAUUCAAUGCUUUAGUUCCCGAAACACUACUCUACAUCUAUAGAAAUGAUACUGUAUUAAACGUUACUCGAUGAAACGUGUGCACGUGAAAAAAUGACUGUAUGAACGCAUCUGAACCACGAUAAAAUAUGAAUAUUGAAUUAUUUUAUUUUGCAGAUGAAAUCGUUGUAAUAAGCAGCAAUAUUCCAUGCGAGAAGAAGAAAAAGAAAAGAAAAAAUAAAUCUAAGAAGGAAAAGGUAAAAUGGAACACAACAGUAAAGGUGGAUAAAAAGAAAGACAACAAGUCUAAAGUUGAGAAAAAGAGCGUUGAAAAAGAUAAAUCCACCAAAUUUAAAUUCCAUCAACGACUUGUUAAUAUAUUCUGCUGUUGUUUUAAAACUCGAGAAAACAAUGAUUUGCAAUGAAAUUAUCAAGAUAAAAAAAACAACCUAGAAAGCAGAAAAUGUUAUAUUUCAUUUAAUAGUUUGUUUGUCUGUGUUCACUUAAAUUGAUGUUUAUUAAGUUAUUUUUGCAUAAUGAGCUAUAUUAGUUUAGUAGUAUAUACAAUAUACAAUGUAAAUAUACAUGUAGAAGUUUAAAUAGAAAGUAAUUUUUUUUUUCUGUGUUGGUGUAAUGUACUCAGGUGAAUAUGAUGCUUGUGAUGUUACUCUGAGUGUAUAUCCACACCGGGCAGGCUUGAAAAAUAUGCCUGGCCACGAUGGGAAUCGAACCUACGACCUUUGGAAUAGUAGCCCAAUGCUCUGCCAACUGAGCUACGCGGUCUGGUCGGUUCGAGUAUGUGACAUUUCGGAACCAAAUCUAGUUCCUGCAAUAUCAAUUUAAUCUAAAUCAUGAUUUUUUUCUGUGUUGGUGUAAUGUACUCAGGUGAAUAUGAUGCUUGUGAUGUUACUCUGAGUGUAUAUCCACACCGGGCAGGCUUAAAAAAUAUGCCUGGCCACGGUGGGAAUCGAACCUACGACCUAUGGAAUACUAGCCCAAUGCUCUGCCAACUGAGCUACGCGGUCAGGUCGGUUUGAGUAUGUGACAUUUCGGAACCAAAUCUAGUUCCUUCAAUAUCAAUGUAAUCUAAUGUAAACAAAUGUUUUUGCAACAUGCAAUACUAGAUUUCCCUUAUUACGUUUUCGUAGCGCUUUGCAUUGUGGUUAUAGUGGUAUCCUGUAGUAUUUUCUUCAUGAUACUUGGUAGUAUUUUCUCCUCUACCAGCACUUGUGGUGAUGUGGUCAACACGCUUCCCUACCCACGUUCAAUCUUUGGUCAGACCUCUACUCAAGGUCUUACAAAAAUUAAGGAGAAAGUGUUACCUUUGUAGACUGCAAGUGGUCCCUCCUUUCCACAGGUUUAGCUUCCUGGGCGUGCAAGGGGAAAGGAGGGACUGCCAACAACACACCAAGAAACGAAAUAUGCGCACUUUUCGCUCUUGUCAAGUUGGCUGCACUUUUGCAUAUAACACUACUUAUAUUACAUUAUAUCUAUCCAAUAGGAAUUGUUAAUUUAAGUCUGUCACGUUUAUUUAUAAAAUCAACAUUCAGUCUGGAAAUUAUUAUUUAUAGCACAAUUACUACAUAUCAGGUUGACAGGUAUUUCAGAUCCCCUAUCAAUUGGGCAAUAGCCGUUGGGAAAUUCAUUGAGAAACUCAAUAAACUCCUGAUGGCACACAUUUAUCACCAUUGCUUUACCGUUGUAAAGAAUAUUGUCUGUUGCCAUGUAUCUGAUGCACUCACUUAUUGCACAUAUGAUAAAAAAUGUUUUAUUAUUCUAGGCCACACCAUUUGAAUAUAUUUUUACACCAGGGUUGGCACAUACAGUAUGAAAGCUUAUUUAUGGCAAAACAAUAGGUAAUGAUGGGCGAUAUCCACUUUUUAAUUCAAUACGAUACUGCUUCGAUAUUUGAACUUUUUUCGAUAUCAACAUCACUAUAUUUUUGUGAUAUACAGAUUAACAGAUAUAAGAAUAAGCGAAAUAAUUAACAAAAUUCACUUUUUCAACACCACCACCUUCCAUACCUUUUUUCCCAACAGGCAAAAGAUCACAGACUCAGCAGUAUCGAAACAAUCAAUAUUUUUCGACAGUAUCGAUACUUUUCAUUCACACCUUGGGAUCGACAGUAUAGAAUAUUUGGUAUCGAUAUCAGCCCAUCACCAACAAUUACAAUAUUUAGGUAUUCUGCCCUGAUUGAUACUGGCUGACAUAACUCUUUACCGUUGAAAGAAUGAACAGGGCUCGGAUUUUAUCGCGGCAAUUGCCGUAGAGGGAGAACAAAAUGCUGUAGAUCAUUGCGGCAACAAUGGCAAUUUUGUCUGUAUAGUAUAAUUUUUAUACUAUUCACUGUGCAUUACUAUUUUGAUACUUGAAUUCAGAUGUUGAUCAAAUCAUGCGUAAAUUACUACUUUAGUCUCAGUUUUCUUUGAAAAAAACACUUAAAGAAAUACGUAAACAUGUUCUAGCUUGUCAACAAUAAAUUUAAAUUUUUAUUAAAUUAACUUGAAAAAAAGUGCCGUGGAAACUGCCAAAAUUGCCGUAGACAGCUGUUACAUUCUACGGCAAUUUCUAACGCCAUUGCUGUCGAUCGAUUUCAGGGAAAUUCGAGGCCUGCUUUCCACCAUGGAUAAUAGAGAAAUUUUGACUUGGAAAAGUAGUUUUUAAUCCGGUGUCAGUAUGCAGUAUUUUUUUAAUUAUUCAUACCGCCAUAUGGUUACCUGGAGCAAUUCUAGAAUAUCUUGCCACUGACCUAACCACUACCCUAACCACUAACCCUAACCUCUAACACACCGCUAAACACAGUCGCGGGGUAUUCUAGAACCUAGCCGGUUACCCUGAUAUGCAGUGUGGAAUCACAGUGGAAUCAAUCAAAAUCAUAAUCAUCAUCAUAAUCAUCAUAAUCUAUUGUAUGAUCAAAAUUUGUUGGCAAAAUCACAGACAGAUUUUGCUCAGGGGGGUGUCAAACAUUCAGGGGGGAGGUGAGCACGGGGCACAUGGUGCCCCCAAGCAAGGUGCAACGCAGGUCUGACAGCACAGCCGUUAGUGGGGACAACGUUGGAGGUAAGGGGGCAAACCCCCAGAAAAUAUUUGGUCUUAUUUAGUUCAAAAUCCUUGUUUCAAUCAUACUACUAUCAUUUAAUCCAAUGAGCAUUUAAAUUUCCGAUCAAACAAGACAAAGAUCUGCACUGAUCAAUAUUCAAAUAUCAAUGAUCAUGACAUAAUAUUUAUAUAAUAAUAAAUAAUGAUUAUUGAUAUUUGAUUAGCUCGUAUGUGAAACACAAUAGUCAAGAAAAGAAAUGACAUCAUAUACCUUAGAUUCAUACAGAACCUUCGCUUUGGAUUCGUCUGGUUCGUAACAUAAAACUGUUUCUCCCACCGAGAACUUUGUCGUGCCUUGCCGUGUGGACACCAUAUUGGAUUUCACGUAUACUUGAUGUAGUAUAAACAAACUGUACUUUGAUAGAUGGCACUGCUGGUCGCAGAGUGCAGGCUCGCAUAAGAAUCAAGAGAACAACAUGUUUAAAAAGUGAGUAGCAUUAUUCAAGUAUUAAAUUUAUUUAUAUGUAGUGGUUACUGGUUGUAUUUAUUCAAUUUAGUGUUUAAAUAUAUCAAGAUUAAAAUUUUAUAAUUUACAGUAUCUGUGAUUGAGUAGUUCAAUCAAUCAAGCAAGUGAGAGAAUGUGGUGAUCGACCCAUCACAUAUGACAUAAAUAUUCACAUUCACCUCAUCACAACCCGCACACCCGGAAAUCUAUACAUACAUGAACUUUUGGUUACAGCUCAACAACUAGCCUCUGUAGCUCAGUUGGUUGGGGCGCUGCAGCGGAAUCAUUUGCAGGGCUGCAGGUUUGAUUCGACGAUUCCUGCCAGAGGACCUAGUGUUGCCUUUUAUUUUUAAAUUGCAACUGUUCCUGGUUAGGUCUUAAAUUGUAUAUAAUUGCUCACUUGGAUUAUCCAUCAAACCCAGCAUUCUUGACUACAUUGUGGUCAACUGUUGUUGCAACAACUGUUCAAAUAUGCAUUUCUGAGAAUGAGACCGGUCACCAGCCUUCAUGCAUUCCAUGUGGACAGUGAACUAGUCGACACCAAAAGAACUUGUGUUACCUCCCACUGUGGAAAGUUUGUAUUUUUCAAUCUGAGUUUGCAUCAUUUGACAAGAUUAUUCUUGCCAAAUAAAUAUCAAAUUUGGCAAAUUUAGUUUUUCGUAUGCAUUUGGGGACUUUUUGCUCCAGUCAUGCAAAUGUAUACAAAAUGUAUACAAAACAGACAAUAGCGAGCUUAAGCAAGCAAUGUUUUUGACAACACGAAUGGCAUGAGUAACGUUAAAAGACUGGGUCAAAAAUGUUGGUUGGUCGAUAAUGUCAAAUUUGCUUCCAGUCAACGUUCGUGUUGUCAAAAACGUCGCUUGCUUAUACUGUAAAGGCACAAAUAUGAAAUUUUCCGUACACUAAUUUGAGUGUGCAGAUUUCAGAUUUGGGGUCCAUUGUUGGUAAAGGUCUGUAGGUAGCAAGAUAUAGGUAGCAAGAUGGAAUCAAUAAUUGGAAAUCCAAUUGAUAAAUUGAUGAUAAUUGGAUGACAAUUAGUCAAUUCAUAUUACUUGUAAGUUGUAAUUGGGCAAUGGAUGACCAUGGGCCAAUUAUUUCAUUAAUUAUUAUUGACUUUUAUACUAAUCAGUUGUGUGACUUGUCUUACAUUAAGGAAGUUCUCAGAUUGAAAAAAGCAAUGUCCCAAUAUUUUGAAGCAAAGGAUUUAGCUUUGUCAAAGAGUCAUUGUAACUUUCUGAGACUCUGACAUCAACUUUUUACUAAAAGCCGGCCCAAAGCAUCAGGAAGGACUCAAAAUGUUGGGAUUUUACCAUUUUCUACACGGUGAUGGCAAGACGUAUAUUGAAACCAACUUGUGCACCACUAAGAUUAUCUCUAGAACAAGGUUUAAUUAAUUUUAGAAAUUAGGAACAUGUGCGCCCAAUAAAAGAAAUAUACUUUUCCCAAUCUGGCUUUGAGUGCACAUGAUAGACCAGGUCAAUCAGGCUAGCAAACUAUCUGGGACCACAAUACAUAUGUGUGCCUGUAAGCGUUUGUUUUGUGCAGUACAGCAUUCAAAAGGAUUAUUAUAUUUCCUAUUGUUAUAUUCAUUUGGCUAUCAAUUAUAUUUCCUUUAACAUUAUGAUUGAUUGUUUCAAAGGUUUCAGGCAGAUGAAAAUAUAUCUGGUGUAACGCAACUCAAGUCAUCAGUUCAACGGAGCAUUAGAGCUAAACUAGUGGAACAGUUUCCUUCCAUUAAAGAUUAUAUAGAUGAUAUUUGUCCAAAAAAGGAGUCAAUGGUGUUGAUUAAAUGGUAUGAAUUCAUGAAAUAAACUGUUUUGUUUUAUUGUAUGAUGUGAUUUUGUUUUCAUGGCUCUCUCCCCUCAGAGGCUUCUUAGUUGUGCUAUAAAGCAGGGUAAAUUAUUUGUGAAGAGGGGAUAAAUAAGGAUGAAAGGGGAGCAUGGGAGCCUGUCACUCCCUGCACUCUACCACUAAUUAAUUGAUAUCUUGCACAAAAUAUUUUGCCUGAAGAAGCCUCUCUAGGAAGCCGCAUAUUCAUAUGUUAACACUGUAAUUAUUGUAUAUGGGAACAAUUAUUGUACUGUUUAAACAACUAACAUCCAAAAUUUGCUUCCCCUUUGAUGAGUACAAUUGUUUGGCAUAAUUGGAAACAGAGUAGGGCUUAUUAGGACACAUAGCGGCUUAAUGGGUUAGUAAGAAAUAUGCUCAACCCAUUAAAGGCCCAGUCACUUUCCUCGAUCUUGAAGAUUAAAUUCAUAGAUCUGGCAUUAGUAUAUAACAGUGUCAACACAGUAGGGGACAUCGCAGCUUAAAUGGGUUAAUGGUAUUUGCAGAAAUGAUGAUGAUGUAAUGUUUUUCCACUUUCAGCCAUGAUCAUGUUGAAAUAAUAUGUGUCAACUCGGAGUUGUUGUUUUUCAAACAAAGAGACAGUCCAUAUUAUCCAACACUAAGAUUAUUACAUCAAUGUGAGUCGUUCAAUUUAUUUGUUGCAAAACUGUUGCAUGUAUAUUAGGUCUCCUACAGUAUAGCUAGGCCGAUAUAUGAGGCUGUGAGGUACAGUAUAUGUAGGUCUCCCAUCAACAGUUAAGGGCCUGUUCAUAUAUGUGAACCUAGAAAUUCUAGCUAUGUCACUGCAUGUUGUGUUGUAAGUAAGUUGAUCUGAGUAGAGUUUGAUUGAUUGUGUGUUGUUACUUAUUUAGACCCAUUUAUAAUGCCACAUCAACAAGUAGACAAAGGUGCCAUUAAAUUUAUUCUGAGCGGAGCAAACAUUAUGUGUCCUGGCCUUACGUCACCUGGUGCAAAUUUAAUUGAUUCUGACAAAGAUACAAUAAUAGUAUCCUUUUAUUUUUUAAAAUUUAGAAAAUUAUGUAGACAAUGCAUCUUCAGACACAAGAUACUGUAGACUGAGGAAAAUUUUGAACAAAUUGGAAGCUCAAAUGUAGAAUGGCUGUGAUUUAAUACUGUACCUUCAAUCAGUGUGUUUCAAUUCUAUGUUAAAAAUGUUUUCCUCUGCAUUCAGAAAUAAUUUUUAAAAUUCAAUGUUAAGGUAUUUGCACAAGACAAUUCUUGCAGCAGUUAAUUCAUAACAUUUUACUGAUACAAAGCUGCCUUAUUACAGAGCUAUAUGAAAGAACCGUUGUGCAUGGUGUAUUUCGCUGAUAUUCUCAGCCUACACUAGUUACCCUCUGCACCACUCAGGCUCUUUAGUAAUUAAAAGCAUUCAGAGCUCUUGGUAAGCCAGGCGGCCCAGGCGCGCAGGGAAUCUUGGGGAGGCUGAACCUUGUUACAGACAAGGGUGGGUAGUAGCGAAGUAGUUGUAGUUCGCUACUGUAGCGAACUACAAUUUUCAAGUAGCCAGUAGUUUUUGACUACUUUUUUAAAACAGUAGCUGUAGUUAUAGCGAACUACAUUUUGCCUAAAAGUAAAGUAGUUGACUACUUUUCAAACAGAAAAUCGCUAUUCGCUACUUUUUAAAAUUGUUAGCAACUGGAUAGAAUAGCAUGAUAUUGAGACACGGUUUGCUUAAAAUCAAUACUCAAUUUGCAUGAAUAAAAUAUGCCGUGCAAGGGCAUGCCAUCUUAUUCGUAAGUCGAUUUGUUAUAUAGGUUACAUUACAGCCUGAGCUAGUAGAUGCUCCAAAUACAGUAAAAUUAAAAAAUAUUGCGUAGCGAAAUAAUUCGCUACAUUUUUUAAGCAGUAGCUGUAGUCAGUAGCGAACUACUAUUGUUCAAAAGUAGCAGUAGUUGUAGCUGACUACAUAUUUUUGAAGUAGCUGUAGUUAUAGCGAACUACAAAAAGUUUGUAGUCAACCCACCCUUGGUUACUGAGCUAGUCAUGCCAGCUUUUGGAGUGUACAAGUGUAUACAAGUGUACAAGAAAUGCUUAAUGCUAUGGUUUUGGCAAACAAAAAGCAAUCUUGACAUGAGAUAAAUGUUUAACAACAUUCCAUGCAUACAAGCAACAAAACUUGUCAAGGAAAACUUGUUGACCGUACAUAUAUAAAGGAUAUUACACGGCGGCGCGAAAAUAUCACUUUUAUCUUCGAAUGGUGAAAACAAUAUUUUAAGAACAAGCGCAGCGAGUGAGUAAAAUAUUGUUUUUAACACAAGAAGAUAAAAGUCAUAUCGUCAAGCCACCGUGUAAUGUUCUGUUUAUUAUAUAGUCCCAAGCAAAUUGUUACGUGAUCAAUAUCUUCACUAGUGAAGAAAAAUAUCUCGCUGUGUAUUUUUCAGUAUCUCACUCUCUACUAAAUAAUUAUAAAAUAAUUAUACACAUGCACGAACUACGCGAGAAAGUAAAGUUGUCAACGGAAGGAAAACUCGCUAAUCUGAAUGGGGCUUUAGACUUGUCUAAGUUUAUUAUUCUAUAUAAUCCUGCAUAUAUACAGGUAACAGGUAGUUCGAAUAACAUGAGUCAUGACACAGCUUGUGGGAGAGGGCGAGAAACAGAGAUUUGUUCGUAUUAACUUUAUUAAGCUAAGUUAGACUGGUUUACGUGAUCAUUGCAGUAGGAAUUUUUGUUGCGUAGGUAAAUUCUAAGUUUUGAAGAAUUUGUAAGAGAUGCAUUUUUGAGGGAACCGACUCUUAAACAAUGACUCAAUUGCCUCAAACAUUUCUUACAAAUCCUUCAAAAUUUACCCAUGCAAAAUUCCUAUUGUGAUCACAGAAACUUUGACAGUGUAAACCAGUUAGCCUUUAACGAGCACUCGUCUGACCGUAAAUAUAUCCGACUUUUUUACUUUACUAUAUAGUAUUUAAUUUACUUUUAUUUUUUUUCAAUCAAUUGUCACAAAAUAGCUCUGAACAUUUACUGUAGUUCUAUAGAUUCAGAUAGCUAAAUUAUCAUGUUGUUUUCCUUAACCUAGUCAUCUUAAGGCUAUACACGCUGAAGGAAAAAUAAAUGCUUUGGCAGUGGGUACUAUGACAAUGUCAUCCGAAGAGAUGUAAGUUUUCGUAUCAUGCAUGAAGUCUAUGUAGACUUUACAAAUGUCAAUCAUUUUUUAUAAAAAAUACACAUGACAUACAGCUAUGAUUGAAGGACUGAACAACAGAACUAGGAUCCCAUGCUAAGUCCAUCCAUCUAACACUAAAACACGACAUAUUACGGACUACAAACUGGACAACGUAAUACUGAUUUACAGGCCUUUAUACUGCAGGGUGUAUGAAAAAAACUGAACAGAUUUGAAAUUGCUCUCAAUUUCGCAAAACAGCUAUUAGUAUCCAGUUUUUGAUAUAUAUAGUUUUUUUGGGUACUUAUAAUGUAGAAUAAUAAAAAAAAUUUCUCGAACUCAAAUUAUGUAAACCAGGGGUGUGUGUGUCUUUUCCAACAAACUAAAAAUGGCUUGCGCACGAAAUUUAAAAGCUUUAAUCGUAUUUUGAGUUGAUAGAUGGAAAUAAUUACUGUACAAAAUUUCAGACAAUUUGCUUUAAUUUAAGCCCCUUUAACUAUUCAUUUUUCUCUAAAAAAUUAGCCUUUCGCGUGCUUAAUUAUGCCUUUACCUAAUUUGCAUAUUGCUGACAUAUGCAAAUUAGGCAAAGGCAUUAAUUAGCAUGCAAAUAGCUAAUUUUUUAAGAAAAAAUGUAAGUUUGCGUGAAUAGUUAAAGGGCUUAAACUAAAGCAAAUUGUCUGAAAUUUUGCACAGUAAUUAAAAACCCAACAAAUUCUCCAUCUAUUAAAGCUUUUAAAUUUCAUGCGCAAACCAUUUUUAAUAUGUUGGAAAAGACACCCCCCCCCCUGGUUCACAAAAUUUGAGUUCGAGAAUUUUUUUGUUAUUUUAACGUACCCAAAGAAGCUAUAUACAUAAAAACUGGAUACUAAUAGCUGUUUUGCGAAAUUAAGAGCAAUUUCAAAUCUGUUCAGUUUUUUUAUAUACAUUAUUAUUAUUAUUAUUUCUGAAUAUUUAUACAGGAUUAAAGCUUCAGUUUUUUACAUAAUAUUUACAGUAAAAUACAACGCAAGAACUGCUAUCCACGCUUGUCCUGUAAAACCUACGUCUCUAAUAAUAAACAACUACUAAAACCAUAAAAUAUUGGUAAUAUAACGCGAUGAAUAUUAAAAAUGUUAAAAAUGUUAAAACAGUAAAUUAUUGUUCCUUCAAGCCUUUCCUGAAUUUUUCGAGAGUUUGGACUGAUCUUAAAUAUAAUGGCAGAGCAUUGUAUAAUUUCGCUCCGCCAAAGUAAAAACUUUGCUUUGCUACCUCCAGCUUCACGCGAGGUAAUCUUAACAUGCAAUUGUUAUUUCUUGUUCCUUUUUCAUGACUAAUCAUUGUAAAAUACUCGUCAAAAAUUGGAUUAUGUAUUUCCUGUAUAUAUAUACCUUGUAUAUAAAACAUGCAAGAAUAAAUACCACACUACUGUGAAAUUAUUUGCGAGGUUCAUAUUUGACCAGCACCACUAGUUGGAAACCACUAACCACUUACAUGCAAACCAGGUCAGCGCGAGGUAGUGAUAGCGGUAAUGGAAGUCAUGCAAAAGUGACUCCAGCCAUUUUACACCAGAAUUUAGUCCUUACAACACGUACUUUACAAUAUAAACAUGCAAAAAUAAAUACUACACUAUCAAAAGUUAUGCAGGCUAUUAGUGCGGACGCAGCUGAAGUUUCAGCAUUACCGUGACGACGUACAGUUCAGUUACUUUGUUAUUGCAGUCACUUUUUUCCAGAAAAUGCCAAUUUAAUCCCUUUGAUUUGGUAAAGAUACUUUAUUAAUAUGGUCAACCCUUUACAACGCAUUUUAGAAUUCAAGUGUUAGUACUCACUUAUUUACUGACAAAUGGAAUUAUACGGUCCGCCUACAGUGCCAUUUUGGACGAAGUGGACAACAGCUGCGUUCCAUUCACUUAUAGGGAAAACCUCUGCAUGGGAGGUGGAUUUAGAUUCUCGUCCUCUCAUUUUUGGGUUAGGGACUCAUAAUCAUUAACUGCGACGCAUGGUGCAUGUCGAGGUUUUCAGACAAACAAAAAGCUCAAAUUUUGUGCAUGAAUCUGAUUCACAAUAGUAUGAGCUCUUGGAGAAAAUGUGCUGAACUAAAUAUGUUAUAUAAAAACUCGUAAACAGCGAGGCAUGAAUCAAUAGGAGAGGGUCAUACUUUGUUACGUUUGUCAUACGUUUGUCAAAUCUUACUAAAUAUACUAUUGCCUUACUUCAAUGUAUUUCAUUCAUAGAGUUUCUGUGAACAAAGGAAUUGGAGUCGAGAAUAUUCAUUAUUUAAAUGAUGGUUUGUGGCAAAUGAAGAAAUUAGACAGAUGACAAUGUAAAAUAAAUUAAACUGGAAAUACUUUUAAUUAUCGAUUACACUCUUGUUGUGACGAAUGCUGCAAUCUGUAGAGUGGCCGCCAGUGCAUGUGUGGACACGUGUACGUUAUGUCACUUGUUCAAAACCUAAAAGAGAAAAAUUCUAAUCCUUUGAAGACUCACUAACACAAUAGGCCUUUUCUGAUUUACGUUCUACAAUGACCCCGAGUGAAAGCUUCGUGCCAUAUUUGCUAUAGAGACAUUACAAGUUUGCACGAAGCCUCGUUCUCAGCCUAUUGCAUGUAUGUGGGCAUUCGACCGUAAUUCGGAAGUGGCUUAUUUUUAAGGCAUUCGACACUCCCAACUACGUUAUAGCCCCCUCCCUCACCUCCCCUCCCCUCCCCUCCCCUAAACCAAUCAACCUCAAGCUCACUAGCCUGCGUGGCAGGCCUAUUGAAUAUAGGCCUGCAACAAUCUCAAGGAAAUUUGGUAUUUCGGGGCCGUGAGCGGACUCAAAAAUCCUAUUGGUUGAAAUCAUAUUGUAUGCCAGAAUACGCAUCAAUCACUGUGGCGUAAUGUUUAUACGCUAUCAAUAAAAGCGUAUAUUAUACAAAUAAUGAAUGUUUAUGAGUGCAAUGGUAAGAAUAUUUUAUUGAGGUGAAAGAUGGAAUGUUCCAUUCAACGAGGCGACAGCCGAGUUGAAUGGAACAUUCCAUCUUUCACCGAAUGAAAAUAUUCUUACCAUUGCACGAAGAAACAUUCAUUAUUUGUUUUAAAAAAUACCAAAAUAGACUAAUAGAUUCGUAUGAGAAGCAUUUUGAGGGAUGCGAUUUAUCCAAAACACAACGAGUGCAAUUGUACUAUACGUUUUAUUCCAUUGCACUUGCGGAGAGUGCAAUGGAACGUGUUCCAUUGCACUCUUGGGAAAUGGAUUUUCUAUUCAAUAUCACGUGACCAUAAACAGCCAAUUAAACGAUUAGGAUUUAAUAAGGUAUUAUAUAAUAGCGUAUAUUUUUGAAAGGGUGCUGUGAAUUUGGGUUUUAAACUAAAAACUGAACAGCCGGAAAUCGUUGAUAUGUUUUGGCAGGUUUUCUCAUUGGAUAUCUGCCUUGACAAGUCGAAGAGCAUGGAUACAAACCCAUGUACGUGUUGGUAUUUCUCUAAAUAAUACGGUAGCUAUACCCGAUCAAUUUGAAAAUACUGCAUUUUGACAAAUUAUGUAUCCUAUUAAAUACAUGUCGCUUUAUGUAUUUAUGAAAUUUACUACUCGAUCUACAAACGUUUGCUUUUAUAGGUUAUUAUGAGUUUUACAGUAUUCUAGACUACAAACUACAGUGCAAUUUAGCUUGUAUUGUGAUAUAUUUGUAUAGUUAAGAGUUUGUUAUUGUCAAUUUGUAAACGUUUAUACUGUUCAGCCGUGAGCCGUUGCAAUUUUGAAAUAAAGGAAUACCGAAUGGUUUUCCGUGCAGGAUUGCGUGAUCCAUGCACGAGGGAUGUUGCGAGACUUUCGGAAAGCGUAAAAAUACUCGAGCCGCAGGCGAGUGUAUUUUUACGCUUUCCGAAAGUCGAGCGACAUCCCAAGUACAUGGAUCACGCUAUACUGCUUGGAAAACCAUUUGGUAAUUGUUUUAUAAAAUAACUACAGUGAAAGUGAGUGAAACAAUGACAUUUUGAGAAUCCCGCGAAAGCAUUUUAAUCCCUCGUGCAGGAUAGCCUGAUCCUGCACGGCUAUUGACCAAUCAAAUUGCGUGUUUCACUGUAGUUAUUAUAUAACAUAUAUUCGCUCAUAGCUGGUCAUAAUAUGUAUGAUUUUGAAAUUUAUUGCAAUGUUUGGACCUAAGAUGAUAUUGUCUUCCUUUUGAUAUAAAUAUAUUUUUGAGUUCCGUUCAUUAUUAAUACGUAAAAAUAAUGUUGAGUAACGACAUCUAAACUGCAGUAUCAAGUCAAAAUGUUUUGUUCUACUCUGUGAAUUGUAUCACAUACUAAUGUAUCGAAAUGUACCAAACCGACAUCGCCGGUGUAAAUUCUGUUUUAUUUACUCCAAAAGUAAUUUAAACUGCCAAUUUUUUUAAAGUUUAAAUUCUCGAGCCACUCUAUAUGAACUACAAUAGUAAUAAAUUGAAGUAUAUUUAUAGUUAUUACUCACACUGCAUCGCGCACACGGGUUUUAGAAAAUAUGAUUGGUUGAAUUGGAAAUAAAUUAUCAUAGUAAUUAGUGGGCGGUUAUCAAAUUUCCUUGAGAUUGUUGCAGGCUCUCAUUUACCCAUUGAGCCUAGCCUCCUCCGCAGGCAACUGUGUAGUUCUGCAACGUUAUUAACCAUAAAAGAUUUAUCAGGAACGUAGAAAAUACAAGGAAAUACUAGUUCUGAAAUACGAUAUAUAUUAAUUAUGGUUAAUAACGUUGCAGAACUACACAGUUGCCUGCGGAGGAGGCUACAUUGAGCCUGCCACGCAGGCUAGUCUUCGGUCUCCCCAUGAAAUUAUACGCUGUGUAUGAUUUAAUUUAAUAUACGAAUCUGCGCUCUUUCCGUGAGACCUUGCUCCUUUAGUUUUCUCCCCUUAAAAUCGCACAAGUCGUUACAGAUCUGCAAACAAGUUACAAGAUAGAUGUUGUCAAGCCGAUAUCAGGAUGUGUUCAUCCCCUCAUGCACCCCAAUGGGGGGGGGGGGGAAUCUCCCCACUCCGGCUCAACCUUGUCUCAUUCGCAAUUUUUCUCCAACAAACGUGACAAAUGUAUGUACAUGUACACAAAUAAAAUACUCCCGAGUUAUG